AUGGAAUUCCCCGCCCCCCAUAUCCACCCUCACAAGGGCAUCCACACUCACACUGCUAUUCUGCUUCAUGGCCGCGGGAGCGAUGGCCCGGAGUUUGCUGAGGAUUUCUUUUCUUCGGUGACCUCCAAGAACAAAAAUAUGGCUGCUUGUCUGCCGAACUGGCGUUGGGUAUUUCCGUCCUCACGAGACCGAUGGACCACUGCAUUUCAAGAAGAGAUGUCUGCUUGGUUCGAUGCAUACUCCCUGAGCAACAUCGAAGAACGACAGGAUCUGCAAGUAGAAGGGCUGAGAGAGUCUGUUCUUCAUAUACUCGCCAUUCUUGAAAGCGAGAUACAUCUUCUUGACGGGAGAGCAAGCCACGUUUAUCUGGGAGGUAUCAGCCAAGGGAUGGCAACUGCGCUGUCGACGGUUUUCUGCGCUAGAGACAUCAUCAAUCAGCCGCUUGGUGGAAUAUUGGGGUUCUGUGGCUGGCUGCCCUUUGCUGACAAGGCUGAAGGCUUGAUUCAACGGUCAAAGGCAACGAAUACGUGCCGCGCUCUUUCUCAAAUGCAGCGCCUGGACGGCGUCUCAUCCGUUUUUUCGACGCCGGUUUUGUUAGGCCACGGCACAGACGAUGCUUGGGUACCUGUAGAAUUGGGUCGCCAAUCGCUUCGAAUUCUGCGAGAGGUCAUGGAACACGUUGAGUGGAAGGAGUUUACGGGUGCAGAGGGAGAGGGUCAUUGGAUUAAGGAGCCCGAGGGGUUCGACUAUAUCCUUGAAUUUUUGGGAGCACGUUCCAUUGAAAGCUAG